GUGAAUGUGAUCCUGAAGUUCACUCACCUUCCUCCGUUCCCAGAGUACUCGUUGGAUCUUUGUAGUUUUCCUCGGGGGAACGGGGCCAUGAGGCCGGUCUCCAUGGAGGGUUUAGUCAUCGCCAUAACGAGAGUCACCAAAUACACCCAGGGCGCUCGGUUCCUCUGCAGCGAUGAGGAGUGCCCUUGCUCUGCAGGGUUUCACCACAUCCGAGUUCAUGCACCCGGAGCCACAGAAUCGGCCACGGUGAGAAACGACUUCAUCUGCAGGAUCUGUGGCUCGGCUCUGAAAGAAGACGUGAAGUUCAGAGUGCUGGGAGACAAACAGCUGGUGGAGAUGAUCCACGUCAGAGCUCUGGAUCUUCUGAGUGCUCAUCAGCAGAGCUCGCUCAGGUACCAGUGCGUCACCCUGUUCCUCAGAG